AUGUCGUUCAACGGGAAAUCCCCCUACGCGCCAGACUAUGCCUCCUACGACUGGAUUGGCGCCCCAUCAAACUAUGAUCUCUCAACUAAUGCUGCCUUGGGUGGUGAUUCCCGCACUGAAAAUGUGAACAAGUGGUUCCAGGCUGGUGACCAGGCCUAUAUCAUCGUGGCGUCGGCCAUGGUCUUGGUCAUGAUUCCCGGCCUGGGCUUCCUCUACUCUGGCCUGGCCCGCCGCAAGUCGGCCCUGAGUAUGAUCUGGGCCUGUAUGGCAUCCAUGUCGGUCAUCACCUUCCAAUGGUACUUCUGGGGGUACUCUCUCGCCUUUUCCCCCACGGCAACCAACGGCUUCAUCGGCAAUUUGCGUAACUUUGGUCUCAUGAAGACGCUCGCGGGCCCCAGUCCGGGAUCUCCGCUGAUUCCCAACUUGCUUUAUGCGUUUUACCAGAUGCAAUUCUGCGCCGUCACUGCCGCCAUUGUCAUGGGUGCUGUCGCUGAGCGUGGCCGUCUUUUCCCCGCUAUGGUCUUCACAUUUAUCUGGGCGACCAUCGUCUACUGCCCGCUUGCCUGCUGGGCCUGGAAUUCGAAUGGAUGGGCCUUCAAGUAUGGUGUGCUGGAUUAUGCGGGUGGUGGCCCCGUCGAGAUUGGCUCGGGCUUCUCUGCACUCGCCUACAGCAUGGUCCUCGGUCGUCGCCAGGAGCGUAUGAUGCUCAAUUUCCGCCCUCACAACGUCUCCCUGAUUCUCCUCGGCACCGUCUUCCUGUGGUUCGGCUGGCUCGGUUUCAACGGAGGCUCUGCUUUCGGUGCCAACCUCCGCGCCACGAUGGCUUCCUGGAAUACUAACCUGACGGCCGCCUUCGGUGCCAUUGCCUGGGUGCUGCUCGACUGGCGUCUGGCUCGCAAGUGGUCCAUGGUCGGUUGGUGUUCCGGCACUAUCUCUGGAUUGGUCGCAGCGACUCCCGCCUCCGGUUUCAUCUCCCCCUGGGCCAGUGUGAUCCUGGGUAUCGUGACGGGCAUUGUGUGCAACUACGCCACCAAGAUCAAGUACUGGAUUCGCAUCGACGACAGUAUGGAUGUGUUGGCUGAGCACGGCAUUGCCGGUAUCAUCGGUCUUUUGUUCAAUGCCUUCUUCGCGGACGAUUCGAUCGUUGGCCUGGACGGUGUCAGCACAGGCGCGGGUGUGGGUGGCUGGGUGAUCCACAACUGGAAGCAACUCUACAUUCAAAUCGCGUACAUUGUCGCCACCGCUGCGUAUUCGUUCGUCAUGUCCGCCCUUAUUGCUUAUGCCAUCAAUGCCAUCCCCGGUCUGAACCUGCGUGCCUCGGAAGAGGCUGAGCUCCUGGGCAUGGACGACGACCAACUUGGCGAGUUUGCUUACGAUUACGUUGAGGUUCGUCGUGAUUACCUUGCCUGGACUCCCCAGAAGCAGGAUCAGCUGGAGGACGGUCAUGAGAUCCCCGCCGCCGAGCGCUACGGCAUCGGAGAGCACUCCGAAAUGAUGCUCGAGGGCCAGCCGCCAAAUGGCGAACCCAGCCAGAGCUCGCGUGGUGGCAGUGAAGGAGAUAUGCAUAUUCAGGAGGUGAAGAUUGCGCCGGCCCCCAGACAGGUCGCCGAGAUGACCGGUCCGCACACCCACCGUCCUCCACCCACCGAUACGCCGGUCGUGUUGAAGCCCGUCGACGAAAAGACCGACUAG